AUGGACAUUGAUACGGCCUCCAAAGCUGCUGCGUGGCCGAAUCAGUUAGUUCAUGUUAAUAUUGGCCAUCAUUUAUACAAUAGGCCCUCCGAAGAUGCCGCGUGCCCGAAUUCAGUAUUUCAGGUUAAUGUUGCUGCAUGGCCGAAUCAGUUAGUUCAGGUUAAUGUUCGCGAUCAUGUAUAUGAUACGGCCUCCGAAGCCGCUGCGUGGUCGAAUCAGUUAGUUCUGGUUAAUGUUUUCGAUCAUGUACAUUAUACGGCCUCCGAAGCUGCUGCGUGGCGGUAUCAGUUAGUUCAUGAUAAUAUUGGCCAUCAUUUAUACAAUACGCCCUCCGAAGCUGCCGCGUGCCCGAAUUCGGUAGUUCAGGUUAAUGUUGUCGAAUAUGAACAUGAUACGGCCACCGAUGCUGCUGCAUGGCCGAAUCAGUUAGUUCAGGUUAAUGUUCGCGAUCAUGUACUUGAUACGGCCUCCAAAGCUGCUGCGUGGCCGAAUCAGUUUGUUCAAGUUAAUGUUCGCGAUCAUGUACAUGAUACGGCCACCGAAGCUGCUGCAUGGCCGAAUCAGUUAGUUCAGGUUAAUGUUCGCGAUCAUGUACAUGAUACGGAUUCCAAAGCUGCGGCGUGGCCGAAUCAGUUAGUUCAUGUUAAUGUUGGCCAUCAUUUUACACAAUACGCUCUCCGAAGCUGCUGCGUGCCCGAAUUCGGUAGUUCAGGUUAA